AUGCAUUUCUCACGUCUUUCGCUUGCAAGUCUCGCUGCCUCUCAGGUGGCCGCGGUGACGCUCUGGGCUGCUUCCUAUGGCGGGGCAGGGCUCGGUGACGGCGGAGUCACUUCCUUGAAGCUGGACAAGACUGGUACGGGAGGAUAUACACUCAAGCAGACGAGCUUCCUCAAUGGUAGCACUUCCUGCGGAGCUCAGUCUUCAUGGUUGACCAAGGACGCCUGGAACAAUGUCAUAUACUGUGUCGAUGAAGCUUGGGGGGCGGCUAAUGGCUCGAUUACCUCGUUCCAUUCCUCACCUAGUGGAUCGUUGACCCUAUUUGACAAGCAAAUCAGCCUCGGAUCUCCGGUUUCCACAGUUGUGUAUAAUGGAGGUGCAGCUCUCGCAGCAGCCCACUACGACACCUCUGCGGUCACCACCUGGGAAAUCCUCCCAUCAGGCGGCCUCAAGGCAAUGCAGGUAUUCCGAUACAAGCUCACCGCACCUGGCACAAACCCCACCCGCCAAGACGUACCUCACGAGCACGAAGUGAUCCUCGACCCCACCGGCUGCUUCAUCGUGGUCCCCGAUCUCGGUGCAGACCUCCUCCGCAUCUUCGCCAUCAAUAAAAAGACCAGCAUGCUCUCCGAAAGCUCCACCUUUGCCGUCGCCCCUGGCUCUGGUCCCCGCCACGGGACAUUCUUGAAGACCGCUGAUGCGACCUACCUCUUCGUGCUUUCCGAGCUGUCAAACACCAUUGCUUCAUAUUCAGUGGCCUACACGGCUACCGGACUUAGCCUCACUCAAGUUUUCAUCAGCGGAGCGUAUGGCGUCGGUGUCGAGAUUCCCACUGGAGCAGGAGCCGCUGAAGCUAUCCUUUCCCCCGACAACAAAUACCUCCUUACUUCCGAGCGUCACGUAGCCAGCUUCCAAAUCCCCAAUUUCGACCCGAAGAACAGCACCACGCUCCCCUCCGACGCCCUCAUCGUCUGGACCAUCGACCACGCCACGGGGAAACUGUCCAACGCCCAGCGCGCACCUGCUGGCGGCAUGAACCCGCGCCAGUUCUCGGUCAAUGCCAAGGGUGACUUGGCUGCCGUUGGCUUGCAGGAUGAUGGACGUGUUGUGAUUCUUGAGCGCAAGAAGGAUGGCAGCUUCGGAGAUAUUCUGGCGAGUGUCAUGAUUGCUGGGAGUCCUACGAGCGUUAUCUGGGAUGAGUAG